AUGAAUUAUGGAUUAUAUGUAAAUAAUGAUUUAGAAAACACUUUAGAAGAUCCUUUUAUUUGUCAAAAUGCUUAUUUUGUAACAAGAAAUAUCCCAUCAAUGGCAAAUGUUAUUUCCAAUGGUAUAUUUUUAUAUUAUUUAACAAGUGAUUUCGAUUUCAACUCUCUCAAAAAUUUAUCAACACACAAUAAUGUAGGAAUGGUACAAUUGACUAGUUUCCCAGGUGUAUCUUAUCCACUAGUUCCGCUAUUGAUAUUGUUGGGUUCAAAAGAUCCAAUUAAUGAAAAUAUAUUUCCUGUUAAUUUUAUUUUAAAUAAGAAACUUAAUAUUAUAAAAACACUAAUUUUAUCUUUGAUAAUUAAUAGAGCAUUUUACAAUACUUAUAAUUUCCAUAUUGAUGGUGAAUUACCAUUUUCAAAACUACCAAAUGGUCUUUUACAAUUUUCAUAUUAUUAUGGUCCAUUAAAAAAACUUCCAAAUUAUAAAAUAUUUGAUAAUACAGAUAUUAUUACGUUAUCUUUUUAUUCUAAUCAAAUAGGUGGUGAUUUACCAAAAUGGGAUGGUUCAAAAAACAAUGUAACAAUCCUAGAGUUAAGCUCAAAUUCAAUAACUGGAACUAUUGAUGAAUCUUAUUGCUCUGUGCAUUUAUUUAUUUUUAAUAAUUCAAUGACAGGUAAAAUUCCAGAAUGUUUUACAUGCCAUUUUAGCGAUCCUUUUAUAAAACUCAACUUUAAACAAAAUUCAUUUGAUAACUACGAUACAAUAGGAACAUGCAAAACUAUUCCAAAAUUAAAAUAUUUAAAUCAAACUUUUUGGAAACUAAACAAAAAAGUAACAGAACCAGUAUUAUCAUUAAUCGGUCAAAAUAUUGGAUAUUGGGUAAGUGAUAUUGAAUCAAAUAUACAAUUUAAUUACAUUUUAAAAGCCAAUUCAAUAUUUAUUGCAUAUGGUUCCUAUACUCCAAAUAGAAUUAUCCACAAUAUAAAAUUCACAAGUACUGGUCAAAAAUUUACAUUAACUCCAGAUCCAUAUCCACCAUUAUUAUCAAAUAUAACAUCAAAUAAUCAUAUUUUAGUAUUCAAAGGUUUAUAUUAUUCAUACGAUAUCACUGAAAUAACAAUUACAAUUGGUGAUAAAUCUUGUGAUGUAACUGAUUCAACAUUCUUUCAAAUCACAUGUACUUUAACAAAAUAUCCAAAUCAACUGAAUAAUGUUCCAGGUACACUCAAAGUAGAUCAAUUACAAACAACAUUCAAUUUAAAUUUAGAUAACAACGAUGGUAACGAAGUAUUCAACAACUAUACAUCAUGUCCAGACAACUGUGAAUCAUAUAAUGGUAAUAUAUGCAACUAUAAUACUGGUAUUUGUGAAUGCCCAAAAGACUGGACCGGUGAAAAUUGUUAUACUCCAAAUCAUUAUGUAUCAUCAAUUACACCAACAUAUGAAGAUGGCGGAUUAGUAACAAUGAAUGGAUGGUUCGGUGAUAUUCAUAAAGAUUUAAAAUUAACAAUCGGAAAUCAAGAAUGCAAAAUAGAUACAAUAUCAUCAAAAACAAUCACAUGCAACAUUGGAGCAGGUACAGGUAAAAAAGAUGUAAUCGUAAAUCAAAAUGGAAUCACAUGGAAAUCAUUCAACUUUUUUGUAUACCAAUCAAAACAACAAACAUGUUUAAACAACUGUAUCGAUACUAACCAUGGUAUUUGUAAUACAUCAAAUGGUAUUUGCGAAUGUAAAUCAGGAUGGACUGGAUUCGAUUGUAGUUCACCUUCAAAUAAUAAUAACAAUGGUAAUACCAACAGUACAGUUAAUCCAGACGGCUCAACAUCAAUAAAUAAUGAUAAAACAACAUACAAUAUAUUAAUCACAUCAUUAUUAGAACUCGAUAUCAACAGUGACACAGUUAAACAAUAUCCACUUCAAAACAAUUGGAAUAUUACAUCAAAUGAUAAAAACGGAUCAAAUGUAACAUUCACACAAAUAUUAAACGAAACUGAAUGUCAAAUCGUAUUAUCAAUUCAAGAAAUAGAAAAUGAUAUUCAAUAUUCAUUUGCAGGUUUAGAAUUCAAAUUAGAUAAAGGAUCAAUUAAAGUAUCAGUAUCAAUUCACAAUUACAACUAUCAAAGUCCACUCAAUACAUUACAAUUACAAAUGAUAUCAAAUGUAUCAGAUACAACAUCGAACGAUUGUAACAGUAAAUCAGCAUCAACAUCAACAUCAAUAUUAGACAAUCAAACAUUAAACUAUAUAUCGAUCAACAAAGACAACAAGAUUCUAUAUGGUAGAUUUAUAAACAGAGCAAUAUCAGAUGGAUACACAACAUUAAUCACCACAUCAUUAGUAUCGAGUCAAAACGAAUCAGUAACCAUUGGUAUUAACAUUCCACAUUGCAGAACAUCAUGCUAUAUCGAUCCUGACUUUUCAGUAUUGAUUAAUUCCAAUUUCAAAUCAAACUGUGACGAAUCCAAAAACCAUACAACUCUGAUUGCAGUUCUUGUAAGCUGUAUUGGUGUAGCUACUAUUAUCAUUUUAACAGGUAUAUUUUAUAAAAAAAGUACCAAAACUAAACUAAUAGUUUUUAAACUUAAAAAAAUAAUUAAAAUAACCAAAUAA